CGAAAAGCGUAAUUCAAUAACUCGAAAGGCAAUACGCCGCCUUUGAAUCCUGCAACGCGACGCGCCCCUUCCCGCCAUUUGCACCCAAUUCCCGCCAUCUCGCGCAUCACUUCACAGCUAUAUCUGUACUGGUCGUUCCACAGCCAAAGCACCUUCUGAUUUUUUCUUCUUUUCGUUUGAUUCGUUUCAACUGCACCCUGUACCAACCUGCACAAGAUGCCGACGUUCAUCGGCCGCCGCUCAUCUCAGUCAUCGGAUCCCGCUGCCGAGACCGGUAGCACCGCCGCCACUCCUCGGAAAAGCAGAUUGAGAUCCAACUCAGAUGAUUCGAUUGGAUCUCCGGCGCGUAAAUCGCCGCGGCAGUGCUGUAAAGGCAGUCCUAAAAGCCAGCUGAAUGUUAAUGAUUUUCUGAGAAGUUCCUGGAAAAACCAUCUUGGGACCCAAGAGGCAAGUGCUAAUCUUUACAGAAUGAGAUAUGUGGAGCAGUUGAGAGCUGUCAAAGAGGCACUCCAUUUGUCAACUGCUCCAAAUACUGUCAUCUGUCGUGAAGAUGAGCAUAAUAGGAUCCUAGAUUUCUGCAAGAAAUGCAUCAAGGAAGAGAAAGCUGGGAGUUUGUAUAUGUGUGGAUGUCCUGGGACUGGGAAGUCAUUGUCGAUGGAAAAAGUAAAAGACAUUCUUCUGAAUUGGGCAAAUGAGUGUUUUCCUUCCCCUGGGAAGCAGGAUGGUGUACAGACUCCAGACAUAGUAUCAAUCAAUUGUACUUCUCUGACAAAUCCAAGUGAAAUUUUCAGCAAGAUUAUUGGGCAAAAUCGUGUGAAGAAGAAAGAUAAUCGCGCUACACUAUCAUUGCAGCUUCUUCACAACCUCUAUUCACAGGAGCAGACACCUGGCUCGAAGAUGAUAUUGAUUAUAGCCGAUGAAUUGGAUUAUCUGAUCACCAGAGACCGAGCUGUGCUUCACGAUCUUUUCAUGCUAACAACUAUGCCAUUUUCCAAGUGUAUUGUUCUAGGGAUCGCUAAUGCUAUUGACUUAGCUGACAGGUUUAUUCCGAAACUGCAGUCCUUAAACUGCAAGCCUACAGUCAUAACAUUUCGAGCCUACUCCAAGGAUCAGAUCAUCAGUAUUCUCAAAGAAAGACUGAGGGCACUUCCUUAUGCAGUAUUCCAGCCUCAAGCACUGGAACUCUGUGCUAGGAAAGUUGCCGCUGCAUCUGGAGAUAUGCGAAAGGCUCUCUCUGUUUGCAGCACCGUUCAUGCUUCUUUCCGCAAUGGUUUGCCAUAUCAAGAAAAUCCAACUUGUUGCUUCAGGAGUGCAAUUGAAAUUCUAGAAGCUGAAACAAGAGAAGCUAACAAUGACUGCAUACCAUCAUCGUUAGACAGUGUCAGAGAUCAACAGCCUGCAGCCAAUGCAACAUUGAUUGACCAAGUAAACAAUGUGGUGAGGAUAGAUCAUGUUGCUGCUGCAUUAUCAAAGACAUUUUCAUCGCCUGUAGUAGACACCAUUCAGUCUCUCCCCCAACAUCAACAGAUGAUACUUUGCUCGGCUGUGAAGCUUUUCCGUAAAGGAAAGAAGGAUACAACCAUCAGUGAGUUGAACAAAUCCUACGUGGAUGUAUGCAAAUCAACUUUAAUCCCUCCUGUUAGCAUCUCGGAACUUUCAAGUAUGUGCCGGGUGCUAGAUGACCAGGGAAUUCUCAAACUAGGACAAUCGCGAGAUGGUAAAAUAACAAGAGUGUCAUUAAAGGUAGAUGGAGCAGACAUUGUUUUUGCUCUACAGGCAAUUCGCUUCUUCCGAAACUGUCUGCAGUAAUUUUCUGGUGGACAAAAUUGAUGAUAAUAAGUUUGUAAUCAUGUAAAUGCAUUUUGAUAUAUUUCAACAGGGUUUAGUUCCAAGUUAUUUUUUUUUGUUUUUGUUUUUUUUUUUU